UGCGUGCACUUGGGGUUACCCCUAAGCGCGUGGCGUUGUUAUGUCUUUGACCUUCGGGUUGGGGGCGUGACAGUAGCAACUGCAAUCAACACGCGGACAAAGCUUGUGUGGUUAGAGAGUCCAACAAACCCGCGACAGCAAAUUUCUGAUAUUCGUAGAAUUGUGGAGAUGGCUCAUUCAUGCGGUGCUCUUGUCUUGGUGGACAAUAGUAUUAUGUCCCCUGUGUUAUCACAACCCUUAGAACUUGGUGCAGACAUUGUAAUGCACUCGGCCACUAAAUUUAUUGCUGGACACAGUGAUGUCAUGGCAGGUGUGCUUGCAGUAAAAGGAGAAAGAACUGAUUUACGACAGCACAAACUUUUCUUCUGCAAUGGAACAGCUUGUGAAGAUCUUUUAUUUUUUGUUUUUGAAACGGUCUUAUUUGAGAUGGUGUUUGUACAAAGAUAUUUAAAUUUUAACAAAGUAUUCAUAUUCCUGCUCUAUCUAAUGUUGCUCACUGCUGUUUCUAGGUGGGACCGGGUCAAUAAAAAUGUUAGCCCAGCAAAUACACAACCAUUGCAUUUGUUAGCAUCCUUUGACUGUUGGCUCUGCUUACGAGGUAUUAAGACCAUGGCCUUACGUGUUGAAAAGCAACAGGAGGAUGCACAGAAGAUAGCAGAGUUUCUUAUUAUCCAUGUUGGUGAAGGAAAACACAAAAUUGAUGUCCUUAAAGCCAAGGCUUCCACCGUGGCUGGACCUCCAGUUGAAACCACUUUAGCCAUGCUGGAAACGUAUAGUAGUGUGAAGUCACUCAUCAGCCUGCCUUGCUUUAUGUCCCAUGCUUCAAUUCCAGCAGCGGUACGAGAAGCUAGGGGUCUAACAGAGGAUCUUAUUCGAAUAUCAGUGGGAAUUGAGGAUGUUCAUGAUCUGAUUGCUGAUCUAGACUAUGCACUAAGAACUGGCCCUCUUUAGGUAUUCGAGCUUCCAAUUUUGUACAAUUUUAAGCUUUCAAUAAUUAUUUCACAAAGUUCUACGAUGUGGAAUGUAACUUCAACUAAAAUUUUUGGCUGUUUAUUUAAGUUUCAAUGUUUUCCCUAGUUAAACAUGCUUGAUGAAUUU